AGGAGUAAUUGAAAAGCUCACGGUGACAAUUGUCUCUUCUUCCAGAUGUCAUCAGUAUAAGGAGCACCGCUCUCAUCACCUCCUUGAAGUAGGAUGUGCGCAUGGCUCUCCAGGUCAGAGUUGCUCCAAGCAAGGUUGUUCUACAGAACCUUCUCACGUGCCUCAUCCUGUUCUACACUGUGUACUAUGUGUCUCUGAGCAUGUGCUGCCUGACACUACAGGUGUAUGAACUGGAUGUCCUGGCACCAUUUGAUUUCAAAACAAAUCCUUCAUGGCUCGACACAAAUUAUAAAGUUCUUUUAUUCUCAACAGAGGUCACCUACUUUGUUUGUGGAUUGCUUUUUGUUCUAGUUGUGGAAGAGUGGGUUUGGGAUUACGCUAUUUCAGUAACUAUUCUUCAUGUUGCCAUCACUUCAACUGUCAUGUUGGAAUUCCCCUUGACAUCACAUUGGUGGGCUGCUUUAGGAUCUGGCUUAAUUUCAAUGAUAUGUGGAGGCCAGACUUUAGCAUACUGUUUAUUCAAAGACAACUUUAUAUAUCCAGAUCUGGAUAAUUUUUAAGAAUACAGAUGGAUUAAUUUGCUUCAGAAUUUCUAUACUGUAACAUAUAUCAGGGCUAAAUUUUACUUUUUGUUUAUAUUCAAGGUUGAAUUUGCUUUGUAUACUUUAUAACAAUAAAA